AUGUCUUCCAUAAAUGAUAUUAUUAUAGAUCUGAAUAAGUGUAAUAAAAGAUUUCAUUCUGUCCAAGACGUAUAUGGCCCAUUUCAUGAAGAUGCAAUUUUCCAAUUUGAUGUGAAAAAAUCAGUUCAAGAAAAUUUAAACGAAUUAAGUUUCAAGAGUUUGAACUAUUCAGUUGAACACUUGUAUAUUUAUAGAUCCAUUUUUAUCGAAAUCGUUGCUAGAUGGGUUAAUAUUUUUGAAAAAAAAAACAUUAACAAAAAUACAAAUACCCUGCUUAUGCUUGAUAUCUUGAAUUCAAUGGGAGAAAUAAUCACCCUUGCUCCAGAAACAAGUAAUCUAAUUGAAUACUUUGUUAAUAAUAAUUUAGAAUAUUUAAACGCUUUUUUACAAACAAAUCCUCAAAAAGUUCACACAGUUUUGUUAUCUUACUAUAGAUUUUUAUACCAAGAUAAGGAGAGAUUUAUAAAGUUUAUUAAUACCGAUAUUUUGUACAAUUUAUUGAAAAGUGAAAAGAUCUCCAGUAUCGACAAAUUUUUAUCCAUCAAAAUUUUAUCGUACGCUUUGGAUAUAGCAGAAUCAGCUACUCUAACUUUAAUUUCAAAGUAUAUUCAAAAUGAAAAUAAAGAGUUGCUAGGAAAGUUUGAUAAACAAAAUAAUGUAAAUUUCAAAUUUUUGGAAUUAAACGAAGCUGCUAGAUUUUCCGUUUUUAUGAAAUUGCCUACUAUCACAGAUGAAACAAAUCUUUUACAACGUUUUGUUAUCUCAGCUUCUGACUUGAGCCCCUUUGUUGUUUCCGUUUUUGGUGUAUUAGUAAUUAAUUUAAACCAAUACAAUAAAGAGGUAUCAACACUAAACAACUCCGAAUUAGUACCAACUGCGCAAGCUUUAGCCUCAAUUAAAACCGUUGCUUCUUACAUUCAAUGCUCGAAGCCAGUUUUGAUCCAUGGACCUUCUGGUUGUGGUAAAACUUUUUUAAUUAAUGAGUUGCAUAACUGUAUUUCUCCAAAUGAUUCAUCUUCACUAAUAAAAAUCCAUUUAGGAGAACAAACCGAUGCUAAACUUUUAUUGGGUACUUAUACAUCAGGCUCGAAACCAGGCACCUUUGUUUGGAAAAAUGGUGUUUUGACCACCGCUGUGAAAGAAGGUAAGUGGGUUCUGAUUGAAGAUAUUGACAGAGCUCCAACUGAAAUAGCCUCUGUAUUAUUAACUCUAUUGGAAAAAAAAGAGUUGGUUAUUCCCAAUCGAGGACAAAUUAUUAAAUGUGGUAAUGGCUUUCAAUUGCUAUCUACAAUCACAUCUUCACCUGACAAAACAAAAGAUAUUGAUAUUAUUGGAAAACGAUUAUGGAAUAUCGUCGAAGUUCCUCCAACUACCGAUUUACAAACAAUUUUAUCUGAAAAAUAUCCAUUAUUGUCAAAUAUAAUACCUACUUUAAUUGAAACUUUUGAGCAGGUCAAAUCCAAAACAGAAAAUCCACAGUUUAUUUCGUUAAAUAAAGGUGUUCAUCCACGUAUUAUUUCAGUAAGAGAUUUAAUGAAAUUAUGCGACCGUAUAAACAUCCAUUUCCAACGUAACAAUGUUUCCGCUUCUAAUCAAUUACUAGAGACUUCCUUAUAUGAUGCUAUAUUUUUAGAAACGUUGGAUUGCUUUACUUCUGCUAUUAGUGAGCUGCGAGCUUUAACACCUUUAGUCAAAAUUAUCGGCGAAUGCUUGCAGGUUCCAUCUUCUAGAAUCCAGAUGUACUUGUCUUCCCAAUAUGUUCCCGAGUUUGAUAAUUCUUCCGACGAAAUUAAGAUUGGUAGAGCUAUUUUGGCUAAAUCUGCAUUGAAAACCCAAAAAAAGACUAUAAAUAAAACUUCGUUUGCCACAACAAACCAUGCCAAGAGAUUGAUGGAACAGAUUUGUAUGAGUGUUGAUAUGACAGAACCUGUGUUGUUGGUUGGUGAAACCGGUACGGGUAAAACCACCGUAGUCCAGCAAGUUGCGUCUUUAAUAAAUAAGAAAUUAACAGUUAUUAAUGUUUCUCAACAAACUGAAAUGAGUGAUUUAUUGGGUGGUUACAAGCCCGUAAACUGCAGAAGUAUUGCUAUUCCUUUAGUGGAAGAGUUCGAGGAGCUUUUUGUUGCUACUUUUUCCAUGAAGAAAAAUGAAAAGUUUUAUAAAGUUUUACACAAAUGUGUACAAAAACAACAGUGGAAAAAUGUCAUUCGUUUAUUUUACGAAGCUUACAAGAUGGCAUCGUCUAUAUUAGCAAAGCCGUUUAAUAUUGACAAUGCUAAAAGUGAAGACGUACCAAAAAAGAAAAGGAAGUUAAACGUUCACGAAAAGGAACUACUCCUAGAAAAAUGGACCAAAUUUAAUGAAGAGGUAAAGGUUUUUGAAAUACAGUCCAAGUCUAUCGAAAACUCUUUUGUGUUUGAUUUUGUGGAAGGUUCGUUGGUUAAAGCCGUUAGAAAUGGCGAAUGGCUCUUGCUAGAUGAAAUUAACUUAGCUUCAUCAGACACAUUAGAAAGCAUUGCUGAUUUAUUGACCGAACCUCAAAAUAGGAGUAUAUUGUUGUCGGAGAAAGGUGAAGCCGAAUCAAUUAAAGCUCACCCAGAAUUCAGAAUUUUUGCAUGCAUGAAUCCGGCCACAGAUGUCGGUAAACGUGAUUUGCCUGGGGGUAUCCGUUCUAGGUUCACGGAAAUUUAUGUUCAAUCUCCAGAUAAAGAUAUCAACGACUUACUAAGAAUUAUUGAUAAGUAUAUUGGAAAACACAGUAUAAGUGACGAAUGGAUUGGUAAUGACAUUGCCGAGUUGUAUUUAGAAGCUAAGCGUCUCGCUGAAGAAAACAAGAUUGUAGACGGUUCAAACCAAAAGCCACAUUUUAGUAUUCGUACUUUAACUCGUACUUUGUUAUACGUUGUUGAUAUUGUUAGAAUAUACGGUUUGCGUCGUUCUUUAUAUGAAGGGUUUUGCAUGAGUUUUUUAACAUUAUUGGAUUUAAAAUCUGAAAAUAUUUUGAAACCGAUAAUUAAAAAGUACACCAUCGAUAGAUUGAAAAAUGCAAAAUCUGUUUUAUCUCAAACAGUACCAUCGCCUGGUCCAGAAUAUGUAAAAUUUAGACACUAUUGGAUGAAAACUGGCCCAGAGCAAAUUCAAGAACAGCCUCAAUACAUUAUAACACCAUUUGUGGAAAAGAAUAUGCUAAAUUUAGUCAGAGCAACAUCCGGUCGAAGAUUCCCAGUGCUAAUUCAAGGUCCAACUUCUAGUGGUAAGACUAGUAUGAUCAAAUAUUUAGCCGAUAUUACCGGUCAUAAAUUUGUUCGUAUUAAUAACCACGAACACACAGACUUGCAGGAAUAUUUGGGUACUUAUGUCACUGAUGAAACGGGGAAAUUGUCUUUUAAAGAGGGUGUGCUAGUUGAAGCUUUACGGAAUGGUUAUUGGAUCGUUUUGGAUGAGUUAAAUUUGGCGCCUACAGAUGUAUUAGAAGCUUUAAAUAGAUUGUUAGAUGAUAAUAGGGAAUUAUUUAUCCCUGAAACACAGGAAACGGUUCAUCCUCACCCAGAUUUUAUGUUAUUUGCCACUCAAAAUCCUCCUGGUAUAUAUGGUGGCCGUAAAAUAUUGUCUCGUGCUUUCAGAAAUCGUUUCUUAGAAUUGCAUUUUGACGAAAUACCACAAGAUGAAUUGGAGGUGAUUUUAAGGGAACGUUGUCAAAUUGCACCAUCCUACGCAAAGAAAAUUGUUGAAGUUUACCGCAAACUAUUGGUUCAGCGUUCCGCUAAUCGUUUAUUUGAACAAAAGAAUAGUUUUGCAACGCUACGUGAUUUAUUUCGUUGGGCAUUGAGGGAAGCUGUUGGUUACGAAGAUUUGGCUGCUAAUGGAUACAUGUUAUUGGCGGAAAGGUGCAGAAACGUUGAAGAAAAGAGUGUUGUUAAAAAUAUUUUGGAAAAGGUCAUGAAAGUCAAACUAAAUAUGGACCAAGUUUAUAUGAGCUUGGAGGACAAAAAACUAUUGGAAUUAAAGAGUUCUGUUGUUUGGACCAAAGCUGCCCGUCGACUAGCUAUUCUAGUGUCUACAUGUUUGAAAAAUCAUGAACCAGUUUUGCUAGUUGGUGAAACUGGAUGCGGUAAAACCACUAUUGUUCAAUUGCUCGCACAAUACCUGAAUAAAGAAUUAAUUACCAUCAAUGCUCAUCAAAACACAGAAACAGGUGAUAUAUUAGGUGCCCAAAGACCCGUUCGUAAUAGAUCAAUGUUACAAUCUGAUUUGUGCUCUUUAUUAACAUCUGUAUUAAACGUAGAAAAGGGCACCGACUUGGCACUUUUGCUAGAAAUGUAUGACAAACUACCUGAAACAGCUGUUGACUUGGAAACAAGAAAUGCCAUUAAGAGCAAACGCGAUAAUAUGAAAGUUUUGUUUGAAUGGUGUGAUGGGCCCUUAAUACAGGCUAUGAAAGAGGGAAAUUUCUUUUUGUUGGAUGAAAUAUCCUUAGCUGAUGAUUCUGUUUUGGAAAGAUUAAACAGUGUUUUGGAACCGGAAAGAAGCUUGUUACUAGCAGAAAAGGGCUCUGUAGAUAAUUUUAUUACAGCUGAUGGUGGAUUUCAAUUUUUUGCCACUAUGAAUCCAGGUGGUGAUUACGGUAAGAAAGAGUUGUCGCCAGCUUUGCGGAAUCGUUUUACUGAAAUUUGGGUUCCAUCAAUGGAAGACUUUCAAGAUGUCCGCAUGAUUGUUUCUUCCAAGUUAGAAAAGAAAUCCAGAACUCUGGUUGAUCCAAUUGUCAAAUUUUCGGAAUGGUAUGCCAUGAAAUAUGGAGCUGGUAAUGUUGCUAGUGGUGUAAUAUCGCUUCGUGAUAUUUUAGCAUGGAUCGACUUUGUUAAUUCUGUUACUCCCAAAGUACAUGAUAGCUAUGCAGCUUUGUUGCAUGGUGCUUCAAUGGUUUUCAUUGACGCGUUGGGUACAAACAAUACGGCAUAUUUAGCAGAAAAUUCCAAGAUUUUAGUAGCACAGAAAAAAGACUGUGUUGAUAAAUUAUCGUCCUUAGUAAAUAAAGAUUUAUCCAUUUAUUUACAAGACAGAUUUUCAAUUGAACUUACUGAUUCUAAACUUUCUUGUGGACUAUUUGAAGUUACUAGAAUACCAGAUACAGCAAAUACACCUUCUUUUAAUAUGGAAACACCUACUACUUCCAGCAAUCUAAUGAAAGUAGUUAGAGCGAUGCAAGUGAAUAAGCCGAUUUUGCUGGAGGGUAGUCCUGGUGUUGGUAAGACUAGUUUAGUUUCAGCUUUGGCUGAUGCUACAGGAAACAAAUUGACACGUAUAAAUUUGUCUGAGCAAACAGAUUUGGUUGAUUUAUUCGGUUCUGAUGUACCAGGGGAAAGAACUGGUGAAUUUUUGUGGAGAGAUGCUCCAUUUUUGAGAGCUAUGCAGAAUGGUGAAUGGGUUUUGUUGGAUGAAAUGAAUCUAGCCUCACAAUCAGUAUUGGAAGGUUUAAACGCCUGUUUAGAUCACCGUGGUGAGGCUUAUAUCCCAGAAUUAGACAAAACUUUUUCAAAACAUCCAAAUUUCUUAGUUUUUGCAGCUCAAAACCCUCAAUAUCAAGGUGGGGGUAGAAAGGGACUACCAAAAUCUUUUGUUAACCGUUUUAGUGUUGUUUAUGUGGACAUUCUUACUUCUGAAGACCUUUCUUUGAUUGCCAAACAUUUAUACCCUAAUAUUGAUCCCGAUAUUUGUUCCAAGAUGAUUGCAACCAUGUCUAGACUAGAAGAGGAGGUAACAAUUAAAAAAACAUGGGGGUCUUCUGGCUCUCCUUGGGAAUUCAAUUUAAGAGAUAUUUUGAGGUGGUUGAAGUUAUUAAGUGCGGCUUCAAUCAACAAUGAUAUUAAGCCGUACGAUUUUUUAAAUAUUAUUGUUACUCAGAGAUUCAGAACCAAGGAAGACCGUGUUAUUGCCAAUAACUUGAUUAGUGAGGUUUUUGGUUCUGUGGGCAAAAGGGGUAACUUUUACAAUUUGUCAAAGGACUACGUCCAAAUUAACGGUGAACUAUCCAAGCGUAACGUUUUGAAUCAGUACAUAAACAAUGACCAUUUAUUGCCGCUACAAUGUAAUUACGAGAUUUACGAAUCUGUUUUAAGAUGUAUUAAUUAUAAUUGGCCUUUAAUUUUGGUUGGACCUACGAGUUCUGGUAAAACAGGUAUUAUUAGAUUUAUUUCUGAAAUUGUUGGUGCUAAAGUUAUUGAAUUUUCCAUGAAUAAUGAUAUCGAUAGCAUGGAUAUUUUAGGUGGAUACGAACAAGUAGAUUUGGUUAGAAAAAUAUCAUAUGUUGUGGAGGAAUUAAAAUUUUUGUUGAAAGAGUUAAUUAUUGUCAAUACAUGUGCAGAUUCUGUGAAUGCAAAUCCUGCCACCAUAUUGUAUGAUUACAUCAGUUCUAAUGUUAUUAGUCCAAAGAAUUUUGAAGAAUUCAGAUUUUUAUUUAACGAACUUACUAAGGCCUUAUCCAGAGUUGAAAUAUUGAAACUUAUUGAUACAAAGAUUGAACAUCUUCAUGCUGUACUUAAAGAACAAAGAUCUGUUAGGUUUGAAUGGUUUGAUGGUAUGCUUGUUAAAGCCGUAGAAAAUGGUGAUUGGUUAGUUUUAGAUAAUGCCAAUCUAUGCUCGCCAUCUGUAUUGGAUAGAUUGAAUUCUUUGUUGGAAAACAAUGGUUCCUUGGUUAUCAACGAGUGUAAUUUAGCAGACGGUAGUCCAAGGAUAGUGAAACCUCAUAAAAAUUUUAGGUUAUUUUUAACUGUAGAUCCCAGAUAUGGAGAAUUGUCUAGAGCUAUGAGAAAUAGAGGGGUAGAAGUUUAUGUGGAAUCUAUUGAAACACGUGCAACUGUUUUCGAUAAGUUGUCUUUAGAUUUUCUGCCCAAAAACCCUCUAUUUGGUUCCGAUAUUGACGAAAGAUUUUUAUCCAUUUCUUUACAGGAACGUAGUGUUCCCAUUUCUAAGUUUGUACCCGCUUGUAUUUCAUUUUUCUUGCCUUUCACAAGGUUAUAUGACGUGAUUCUAAUGGGGGCCAGUUCUGAUUCGAUUGUGUCAUUAAUUCCCUUUUCUGAUUUGAAAGAAUUUGAGACAUGGAAGAAUAAUGUACUGAGCUAUAAAUUUUUUUCAGAGAGCGCUUUGAUCAGCAAAUUUUCUGACUUUAUUGAAUGUUUAAAAAAGCUCGAUUUGCCGAAUAAUCUAAGAAAGUUAUAUGGCAAUUGUCAAGGGAUUUCUGAAGAGCUGUUAGGAUCUCCAAACACAUUUGUUGAUUCUCAAGCUUUAUGCACUGUAUUGAAUGAAUAUAUUUUAUCUUCUAUAAAGGAAAGCAACGAGUAUGCUGCCAGCGCAGAUGCAGUUUUUUUGUUUGAAACAGUUUCCCAACAAAUCGAAGAAGAAAAAUUAUUAGAAUUUACUUUUAAAAAAGCAGCACACGGUAAGUUAAACGAAUUGAAUUAUUUGCAACAAUCUGCUGCUUAUACAAAUGGACGUGUAAUGAAAAAUCCUCCUAAAAUUCCAAUUUUCAAUUUGUUGAAUAAUAUAAACAAAUUUAUAUUAAAUGAGCUGGCGGGUAAAAGCUUAUUCAAAACAAAGGAAAAAUAUAAAAUUUUGUUAGGCUUAUGUUUAAUCUGGAAUUGUGCUUUCGAUAUCUCAUUGGACAAAAAUGAAGCUAAGCUUAGAGUUUUCCAUGAAUUAUUAUCCAAUUGGGUGGAAAGGAAUAGGCAAUAUAUUAAUACAGAUGCUGUUUUGUAUUUUAUCCAAGAAUUUGGCUCUUCCUUAGAAUUGACUACCGGUGUAUCAAUGCAUUUGAUUUGGGAAUCUUUUAGGGUAAAAUAUCCUUCAUCUUCUGAAAAUUGGAGCAAGAUCUACAAGAUUAGGGAACUAUUUAGUUUGUUUGAUGAGACCAUUAAAUCUCAAUUUAACGACACAUACGGUUCAAUUGUUGAACUAAGAGAAACUCUAUUUGUUAUUGUAAACAGAAUAUUAAAUGAUGAAUUGUUCGAUGCUUCUUCUGUCAUCUCUAAAAUUGAAAAUAGCCUGUUAGAUCUUAACAACGUUUCUUCAAAAUUUCUAAUAAAACGGAAUCAUUACUUUUUACAAGAGUUUGAUUCUCUGACGAGACUCGUAUUUAGAAAAGAUCCGGAACUAGAAUCACUUAUUAUUUCCUUUUCUCCAAACUCAAGCAUUCCAUCCGAUAAGUUGUGCAAGCUAGUUACAAAUAGUUACACUUAUCCGUGCGUGUUUGAUUUAUUGUGGAAAAAGAUUGGUGAUAAAUUUGUUUCGUUCACCAAGGAUGUCAUUGUGCCAGAAGUUUUUAUAAGUUCAAUUUCAAAAGUCAACCAUUUAAAAGAAUCACAAGGGUUUCAAGUGAGUCAAACUCUAGAUGAUCUUUCUUCGUUGUUAAGGUCAUUUAUUGUAUCAUCACCCGUUUUGCUAGAAGAUAAAUUGCUAUACUUUGCCAAUAUAUUGAAAGAUUUAUAUUAUAAGAUUGUUUCCCUACACUUGAGGGAUUCUAAUGUAGCAAGCAAAAGUGCCAAUGAGUUGUAUGAACAAAUUGAGUCAUGUGACAACGAAAGUUUUAAAAGAAUUCAUAACCGUUUUCUAUUUCCAUGCAUUUUGAAUAUGGAAAAGAAAAAUAUAAACUGGGAAUCUCUAGGUAGGACAUGGAUAUUGCUUUCAGUUGGUUUAUUGCAACUAUAUGUACCAAGUUCUGCAUACGACCCAGCAAUUAGAGAGUACGUAUUUUACGAUAUAUAUUUGAAACAAAAGAGCAUUUCUGAAUCAAUCCUCAAGAACUGGAAAGCUGUUGGAACUACUAUCAGCGGGGAUAUUCCUAUAUAUACAGAAGAAGCUUGUAAAAAAUUCACUGUUUCUAAAGUGCCAGAAAAGCCACAGGUUUAUCGUCCACCAGGAUCUAUUGAUCAAUUGUUUGAUGAAUGGAACGCUUUUAUGAAGACCAAUGUCGAUUAUCAAAUUAUAGAAAGCUUAUUAGCUUCAUUAACUGAAAUCACCGAAAUGUCUAAAGAUAGAUUGGAAAUGUUUCAUCAAACCUCCUCACAGUUUUUAUACAGAUUAGAAUCACACUAUUCAAUUUAUGUUGAUUUGAAUGAUAUAUUUAUGGGAUAUGUUUAUGGUAUCAAGUUUGGAUUUGAUCUGAUUAAACUGUCUAAGUGUGCGGCAAGCACAGGUCCUAAUUUGGAUCCGAUAAUGUGCGCUGAUAUUUUGGCGAUUUCCAACGAGGAUUUAGUAGUCGAAUGGUUCAAUAAUCUAACCAAUUACUUUAAGACAAAGUCAGUAGAUGCAACAGCUGUUGAUACUUUGCUAUUGUAUUUUAUAAAAGUUUUCAAAUUUCACCAGAGAAGUGAUAAAUUAAGAGGUCUAUUUUCUGAAGUUUUAAAUGCCCUAUACUAUAGAUGGUCUUUACGUCGUAUGAAGGAUGAAGAAAAAGCUAAUCAAGAUAGUUCCAUGUUUAAAUACACUGAUGAUUCCGAAGCAAAUGCGGAAGAAGAAUUUAAGAGAUUGUUUCCAGAUUAUGAGGAAAUUAUGUCUACAUCUGCCACAAAUAAUAAAGAUGAAGGUUCUAUAGGUUCCUUGAAUGAAAUUUAUUAUGAUUUGGCUAGCACAUAUAUGGAGCUAUUUUCUAAUUCUGAAUACGGUUAUGAUGAAAUGGUUGAAGAGGGCUCAAAGAUUACUGAAAUAUUGUAUAAAACGUGCACUGGUUCAACUUUGACAGGCUUAUCAGAGAAUGGACUAAUGGCCGUUAUUCAAAAAGUAUCGAAGGAAAUAAACUCGUUUAAAGCAACUACUGAGGAAAAUCCAUUAGAUUUUUAUAGAGAUUAUUCCAUCGUUGAAUCAAGAAAAUCCAUUAAAAUGGUUGAGUCAUUGUUGAAUUCGGUAAAUGCAAAUUUAGAAAAAUGGCCUGAACACGGCACUCUUACUGAGCUAUUCCGUAUUUGUACAGAGUAUUUGGAAUAUCCGAUUUGUACGCCAAUUGCCAGAUUAUUACAAAAAAUAGAACAAAUCUAUACUUUUGUUUCUGAAUGGGAAAAAUAUGCAUCAAGCCAGGUUUCUAUGAAAUCGCAUAUAAAUGAACUUACUCAAUUGGUUGUUUCGUGGAGAAAAUUGGAAUUGUCUACUUGGAAUGAACUAUUUAAUUCUGAAGACAAAAUUCUUGAAAAGCAAAUUGGUAAGUGGUGGUUUUAUUUGUUUGAAAACAUUAUUGUAGUUAACUCUAAGAAAGACGCAACAAAUUCUUCUGAAACUUAUGGUUCUCUUUUUUCUGUAUUGAAUUUGUUUUUCAGCAAAAGUUCCCUUGGCGAAUUUACUGCCCGUUUAAAAUUGGUUAAAGCAUUUGCUUUACACAUUAGUAGUUUGACGGAUAUCGAUUAUGUUAUUUUGCACUCUUUAGAAAAUGCUAUUCAAUUUUAUCAGCAAUUUAAACCGAUGGUUGAUGAGCAUAUACAUACUGGAAGAAAGGAUUUGGAAAAAGAUGUUAAAGAAGUUAUUCUUUUAGCUAGUUGGAAAGACGUUAAUAUAGAUGCAUUAAAACAGAGUUCUCGUCGUUCUCAUAACAAUUUGUACAAAUUGGUUAGAAAAUAUAGGUGUUUGAUAUCAGGAAGUGUUUUAAGUUUCAUAGAAAGCGGUAUGCCAAGUAUCACCGGUAACUUAUCCAACAGUAUUCCAGAAACGCAGAUAGCAUACUUCAAACACAAUGCUAGCUUUAGUACCUCAAGAAAAAUUCUACAACAAAGCACUGAGUGGGAAUCACGUUCUGAGCCUUUAAAAAAUGUUGAGUUGGUUGAACGCAAUAUGAAGGUGUACGCUAAUAAAGUAUCUGGGGAAGAAUUUCCUAACCUAUAUGACUUUGCCAUGGAAAUUAAGAAGAGAGCUGAUAUUUUACGCAGUGAAACGCCGACUGUUUAUAAGAAAGAUUUAAAGAAAGUUAUUUCCAGUUUGAAAAAUCAGAAAACAAAAUUAGUGACUGAUACGAUUAAAGAAUUGAAGCGUAUAGGACUAAAAACAAAUUUCAGAGAAGACAUUCACAAAGUACAAUCAUCUGUUACUUCAAUUUUAGUUAAUACUAAAAAUUUUGGUGAAACAGAAUUUGAAGGUUGUGAUAUUUACUUUUUCAGGUUGUUAGAUUUGUUACCCAGAUUGAGAAGCUCUGUUGCCAGUCCAAAUGAAGAUUUGCAACCGGGAAUUGCCUCCAGGGGUAUGGCCAUGGCUGAAAACCUAAUUUUUUCUUUAUUGACCAGUAGAGACCCCUUAUACAAGUUGGGUUCUAAUUUUGGCAAAUUUGAAGGGUUAAGAAAGUUGCUGGAAGAUUUUGUGUGUUCUGAUGAAAUAUUUUCUAUGCAUGGCUUUUCUUUGAAAGAUAAGUUUAGCUCAUUUAAAUACUGCAUUAAGUGGCUGCCUACUAUUAUUGAUUAUGCUUUGAAUUCUUUGAGCUAUUGCUGCGGUAUUCAGGGCAUCAAUUUGGAUGUGUCCAUAUUGGAAGAUUUCAAAAGGAGUUUUGAACAAUAUUCUAUUAAAAGCAGAAAUGUUCAUAUUUUAGACAACACUGUUUCUAAAUUAAUUUCUGAUUUUGAAAAUAAAAUUUCCGUGUUUAUGACUUAUUUAUCUAAUUCCGAUGAAAAGGCUGUAUCAUUUAUUUUUACGGCAGUUGCUAAUUGGAUUAAAAAUUGUCAACAUUCUGUUGAUUUUGAUGAUAAUCCAGUCAUAAGAGAGAAUGCGUCAAUAGAAAAGGUGGAUAAUUCUUUCCGUAAACUCUAUACUUCUAUUAUUGUAUCAACUCAAAAAAUUAUGGAAUGCCAUGGUCCUGCUAUUGAUACUGAUACUGAUAAAUGGUUGCUACUUGUCAAUCAAAGAUUACAUGGCUAUGUUAAAAAUUUAUUCUCCAAACAAGUUACCAUUAACCUUGAAGAAUGCUGUAAAAUUUUAUUCAACAAUGAUUUUGACAGGGGAGACUUUGUUAUUUUGAAAGCAUUAGCUUCAUUUACAUUACCAAUAAUUAAUAGCUAUUUCAAGCUUUUCGCUUCGAUUUUAAACAAAACCAGACACAAUUAUUACAAUACCAGUCGUGCAACUUUUGUUUUUUGUUCGUUGUUAUCGACCUUAUGUAAAGAUGGUUUCUGUUCUCCUGAACCACCGUCAGAAACUACUGAAGAUAAUAAUAUGCAGGAUGGGACUGGCCUUGGUGACGGUGAAGGUGCUAAUAGCAACAAAGAAGAUGUUGAAGAAGACGAGGAUUUAUUGGAAGAUGCCGCUACUUCGAACCCAGAUCAGAAGGAGAAAGAUGAAAAUGAGGAAAAUGAGGAUAAAGAUGACUCUAUUGAAAUGGAAAAUGAUUUUGCGGGUGAAUUGGAGGAUAUUUCGGAUGAUGAGAAAGAAAAUAACGAGGAAGAAGAAGAAGAAGAAGAAGAAGAAGGAAGUGACGAGGAUGGUUUAGACGAGGCCAUUGAUGACUUGAAUGAAGAUGCUAUUGACGAGAAGAUGUGGAACGAAGAAGCACCAGAAGAUAGCAAAGAAAAAGAGAGUGAUGAGCUGUCGGGUAAUAAGCAAGAAGAUGAUAUGCAAGCUGCAGAAAAUGAGGAGGCAAAUAAACCACCUGAAAGCGAAAAUCCGGUUGGAAAACCUGAUGAUGAAGAUAAAGCUGAAGGUGAAGAUGAUGGGUCUGAUAAUGAAGAUGAAGAACAAGACGUUGGGGAACAAGAAGAUGAGGUUAGAAAUGAUGAGGACAGCGAUUAUUUGGAUAAGGGAGUUGAAGAGGUUGAAACGAUGGAUCUACCGGAUGAUAUGAAUUUAGAUUCCGAAAAUGACGAUGAAGAAGACGACAACGAAAAAGAAAAUGAAAAAGAAGAAAAAGAAGGAGAAGAAGAAGAGAAUAUCGGAUCUGGUGAAGAAUUUGAGGAUAAUAUGGAUAUUAGUGAACUGGAUAAUGACAAUGCUAAGCAAGUCUCCAAUGAGGAAGAAGAAGAAGAAGAAGAAGAAGAAGAAGAACUGGCGAAUACAUCAGAGGGGGAAAAGGAUGAGGAAGAAUUGGAUGAUGCACAUGAUAUCGACCUAGAAAAUUCUGGUGCUGCUGAAGACGAUAAGGAUAAUAGCGAUAAAGAGUUAGAACCAGAAACUAUGGUAGAAGAAGAACAGAAGGAUGGCGAUAAAAAUGGCGACGACAAUAACAAGGAUGAUCUUAUGGAAGGUUUGAAUGCCGCUGAGGACGCUGAUGAACACAAAAUGACUGAUGAAGUAUCCGCGCAACAAGAAAGUGGAAACAAGGGCUCUGGUGCCGAUGCGUCGGAUUUCCAAGAAGAACAAAAUGAUGUUGGUGGUUCAGGUAAUGCUCAAGAACAAGAUAGCAACGAGAAUAAAGAACAGCCGGAAAAUCAAGUGAAUGAUACUUCACGUGACCAGGCACGGGAAAACCUAAGACAAUUGGGGGAUUCCUUGAAGGAAUUUCAUAGACGUCACCAAGAUAUUCAAGAAGCUGGUACGAGCGAUGAAAAUGUGCAAGAAGACAAGGCCAAUUUGAACCCUACAGAAUUUGAACAUGUCGAUGGUGCCAGCAGUAAUACUGAUACCCAAGCUUUAGGAUCUACAAGCCAAGAUCAAGCCACUGGUAUUGAUGAAGACAUGGCAAUAGAUGAUGACCUUGAAGAUGAGGAGAAUGCUGAAAAUCCUAUGGAAGACAUUAACAUGGAAAAUGAUCAGGUUGAAGAAGAAAUAUUGGAAGAGGGUACUGAACAGGUAGACCAACAAGCAAAGGAUAAUAAAGGGAAGGGUGAAAACGGUCUUAUUGGCGAGCGUAAUGAAAGAGAUGCCAUUUCUGAAGGAGAAGUUUUGAAUUUUAGUUUGGAUGAUGCAAGUGAUUCAGUGGAUGAGUUAGAUUAUAUAAUCAGAGAAGAUGGGAACGAAGAUGCAGUUGAGCCACCGAGAUCUAUUGAAGAAUCGAGAAUUUUAUGGCAAAAGAAUGAAGUUGAGACAACUGAAUUGGCUUCUGGUUUGAGUGAACAAUUGCGUUUAAUAUUGGAACCUACACUAGCUACUAAAUUGAGAGGCGAUUACAAGACUGGUAAAAGAUUGAACAUGAAAAGAAUAAUUCCAUAUAUUGCCUCCCAAUUCCGUAAAGAUAAAAUUUGGUUGAGGAGAACUAAGCCUAGUAAACGUCAAUAUCAAAUUAUGAUUGCAAUUGAUGAUUCCAAAAGUAUGAGCGAAUCUAAAAGUACUGAUUUGGCAUUCCAAAGUAUUUGUUUAGUUUCUAAAGCUUUGACGCAAUUAGAGAGUGGUGGAUUGAGCAUUGUCAAAUUUGGUGGCAACACCAAAGAAGUUCUCAAGUUUGAUCAGCCAUUUAGUCAAGAAACCGGAGCCAAAGUUUUUCAAUGGUUUGAUUUUCAAGAUACCAAGACUGAUAUAAAAAAAUUGGUUGCACAAUCAAUUAAGAUUUUUGAAGAAGCUCGUUCAUCAAGUGAUAGUGAUUUAUGGCAAUUAGAGAUAAUUAUAUCUGAUGGUGUUUGCGAAGAUCAUGCAACAAUUCAAAGAUUGGUUCGUCGUGCCAGAGAAAAUAAGAUUAUGCUAGUUUUUGUGAUUUUAGAUGGUAUUAAUAGUAGUGAAUCUAUUGUGGAGAUGAGCCAAGUUAAAUAUGUUCCGGAUGCUUUGGGGAAUAUGAACCUACAAGUUGAUAAAUAUUUGGAUACUUUCCCAUUUGAAUUCUAUGUAGUGGUGCAUGAUAUCACCGAGUUACCAGAGAUGUUAUCAAUCAUUUUACGUCAAUAUUUUUCGGAACUAGCAUCUAUGUAA